AUGUCUGCGGGUGUAAAACAGAUGGAAUAUGGGAUAAAAAGCAAACAAAGCGUUCAUGGUGGAUGGGCACUAUGGUCAACAUGGGGUUAUUGUUCAGUCACAUGUGGUGGAGGAACGCAGACCAGGUCUAGAACUUGUACAAACCCUGCACCACAAAAUGGUGGUGCACAAUGUUCUGGAAGUGGUUCUGGCAUUCAACAGUGUAACACUCAAAACUGCCCAGUGAAUGGUGGAUGGACUCAAUGGACAGCAUGGGAUGAUUGUUCAGUCACAUGUGCUGGAGGAACACAGACCAGGUCUAGAUCUUGUACAAACCCUCUACCACAAUAUGGUGGUGCACAAUGUUCUGGAAGUGGCUCUGAUUCUCAACAGUGUAACACUGAAAACUGUCCAGUUGAUGGUGGAUGGACUCAGUGGUCAACAUGGGGUGUUUGUUCAGUCACAUGUGCUGGAGGCACACAGACCAGGUCUAGAACUUGUACAAACCCUCCACCACAAUAUGGUGGUGCACCAUGUUUAGGAAGUGGUUCUGGCAUUCAACAGUGUAACACUGAAAACUGUCCAGUUAAUGGUGGAUGGACUCAGUGGUCAACAUGGGGUGAUUGUUCACUCACAUGUGCUGGAGGAACAAAGACCAGGUCUAGAUCUUGUACAAAUCCUCUACCACAAUAUGGUGGUGCACAAUGUUCUGGAAGUGGUUCUGAUUCUCAACAGUGUAACACUGAAAACUGCCCAGUUAAUGGUGGAUGGACUCAGUGGUCAACAUGGGGUGUUUGUUCAGUCUCAUGUGCUGGAGGCACACAGACCAGGUCUAGAACUUGUACAAACCCUCCACCACAAUAUGGUGGUGUACCAUGUUUUAAUAGUGGUUCUGGCAUUCAACAGUGUAACACUGAAAACUGUCCAGUUAAUGGUGGAUGGACUCAGUGGUCAACAUGGGGUGAUUGUUCACUCACAUGUGCUGGAGGAACAAAAACCAGGUCUAGAUCUUGUACAAAUCCUCUACCACAAUAUGGUGGUGCACAAUGUUCUGGAAGUGGUUCUGAUUCUCAACAGUGUAACACUGAAAACUGUCCAGUUAAUGGUGGAUGGACUCAGUGGUCAACAUGGGGUGAUUGUUCACUCACAUGUGCUGGAGGAACAAAAACCAGGUCUAGAUCUUGUACAAAUCCUCUACCACAAUAUGGUGGUGCACAAUGUUCUGGAAGUGGUUCUGAUUCUCAACAGUGUAACACUGAAAACUGUCCAGUUAAUGGUGGAUGGACUCAGUGGUCAACAUGGGGUGUUUGUUCAGUCUCAUGUGCUGGAGGCACACAAACCAGGUCUAGAACUUGUACAAACCCUCCACCACAAUAUGGUGGUGCACCAUGUUUUGGAAGUGAUUCUGGCAUUCAACAGUGUAACACUCAAAACUGUCAAGUGAUUCCUUUUGGGCAACCAUGUAUUAUAUUUGGGGACAAGUGUGAAGGGCCAAAUACUGAAUGUAGAAGUUCAACUUGCCAAUGUGUAUCUGGAUAUUAUUGGAAUGGAAAUAACUGUGUUAUAAAGGUUGGCCUUGGCUCUAAUUGUCCAAUGCCAAAUGCCUGUUCAUCAUCUCGGGCUGCAUGUGUUGGAAGCAAGUGUAGAUGUACUAGCACAUAUUACGAUACAAACACUGACAAUACCAUUGGAGGUAUUUGUGAGACAAGGAUAAAUCUUGGAGCCUCUUGUUCCAGAAGCCAUUCGAACAGUAAACAGUGUGUGUACCAAAACGCAAGCUGUCGAGGGUCAUCCUAUAUCUGCUCCUGUGAUGAUCGUUAUCAUCAAGAUGGAAGUAUUUGUAAACCAAAUGUUGGACUUGGUGGCAGUUGUCAAGGAGGUGUACUUAACGAAUGUUCAGAUCCAAAUGCUGAAUGUAUUAAUAGAAAAUGUACAUGUAGUGUUGGAUUUUACUGGUUCAAUAAAGGGAGCUCUCAAAGUAAUUGCAGAACAGUGCAAGAACUUCAAGUUACAGGCAUUACCUUUUCAAGUAUGAAAACCACAGAAUUUAUUGUAUCUUGGACUGCACCUACUAGAUCUAGUUAUGUAAGUGGAUAUGAUGUAGAAUUGCAAAGUGGGGUUAAGGUGGCCGGUGCAACAUCACCUCAAAGGGUUACAGGUUUGACACCUGGAAAAACGUAUGAAGUUAAAGUGAUAUCAAAAGAUACAGCCACAGAACCUGGUGUUACAAGGAUAACUUCUACAUCAAAACAACAAGCUGCAAAACCUAGCAUUCCAGGUCCUGUAACAAGUUCAGAAAAUGAUUUAGAUGCUCGUGAUAGAAUCAUUACUAUUAGAUGGACAUCAGGAACGGGUGAAGCAACGUUAUAUAGAGUAAAGUUAUUUGAUGGUGAUACACAGAAAGCGUCCCAGGAAACCUCAUCUUCAUCUACGGCGUUUAACAAUGUACUGAAUGGUUACAGAUAUAAUGUAAUUGUAACAGCAAGGAGUCAACAGUUUAAUGGAGACUUUUUAUGGAGUGAGACAAAGGUUUCUACAGUUAAAACAAAAGUCCAAGUUCCAGAGGCACCACGUAAUGGUGUUUGCAAAUCUCCAACAGACAGUGCUAUAACACUUGAUUGGGAUGCGCCUUCUUUACCUAAUGGUGAUUUAGUGAGAUAUCAUAUUGAUGUAAUGGAUACAAGUUACAAAGUGCUGUUUCGUGAUAACACUACCGGAACUAAAACACAAAACGUUGUUGGAAAUCUUCAGCCAGGAACAAACUUCAUAUUUCGGUUAUAUACAGAAAAUGAAGGAUACAUUUCAACCAAUUUUGACCAGGUUUCAUCAUCUUGCAAAACUAGAGCUAAGAUGUCCAUGAAGCCAGAAAAUUUACAAAUAUCAGAUGUUACAAGCCGAAGCUUUCAUAUUACUUGGGAUAAACCUAUAACCACGUACAGUGCUGAGAAUUACGGAUAUGUUCUGCAAGUUAAGGAUGAUAAAGGUGCUUGUGAGGAAGAGGUUCUAUACAAAUGCUUAGACUGUAAAGGAAGUUUCCAG